CCUUCUUCUCCACUUUUUCCGCAUGCACAUCAGCCUCAGUUCCCCACGCCUGCUGCGUACAUAGGCUUCAUCAGCAUAAGAAUUACCCCUCCGCUCCUUAUAGUGGGUCUAUUCAGACUCAUUACACCCCACUGUACUCUCGUCGACAGAGAGCGUUUUUGGACUUUUCAAUAUAUACAGACGAUUCUCUCGGAAUGUCGAUUAAGAAAGAGAAAGACGCAAGCCCACCGCACAAUCAUCCAUGAUGACACAAAUACAAACCUCCAAAAUGCAGGAAUGCAGGAAUCAAAGGUCGACGUGCUAAUUAUUGGCGCAGGGCCUGCUGGGUACAUGGCCGCAAGCUGGUUUGCGCGGAUUGGUAUCAAUGCUCGAAUUAUUGAUAAGAGAUCGACCAAGAUCUUCGUGGGGCAGGCUGAUGGACUGCAGCCCCGCGUUCUGGAAGUUUUCCAAUCCUUUGGUUUUGGUGACCGCCCAUUGAAAGACGCAAGUAUUGGAUAUGAGGCAUGUUUUUAUGAGCCCGAUGCGAAUGGCAAAAUACACCGCGUCGGUCGAAAACCGGAAGGAGUCGUCGGCAUCUCGCGCUUCCACGGCAGUGUAAUUCACCAAGGCCGUAUCGAAACCUGGUUGACCGACUUCAUCGAUGAGUGGAGCAAUGGUAAGAUGAAAGUUGAGCGGCCCAUCCUGCCUGAAACCCUCGAGAUUGAUGAAAGCCAAAUUUCCAACCCCGACGCAUACCCCGUGACCGUUGGGGUCAAGAAGUUGGCUGACAACGACGCCGAACCCGAGCAGUACGGCUCAAAGAUCGAAAAUGGUCUGUUUCGCCAAUUCGAUUGGGACCAGGAUCGUAAUGGCGCAGUGCCUGCGGAAAGCCGCGAGAUCAUCCAUGCAAAAUAUGUCCUCGGUUGCGACGGUGCCCACUCAUGGGUGCGUAGCCAGAUUGGGAUCAAUGUCGAGGGUGAGACCACUGACUACGUCUGGGGUGUCCUUGACAUUGUCCCCAUUACGGACUUUCCAGACAUUCGCAAGCGUUGCUCAAUCCACUCUGCGUCGGACGGUAGCAUCAUGGUGAUUCCGCGCGAGGCAGGGCUUGUGCGACUGUACAUCCAGCUCAAGAAGACGGAGCACAUACCUGAGACUAGAAGCGCAGAGGAGCGCGAGAAUGACCAGAAGCAGGGCAAGACAGCUGGACCGCGCGUCGACCGCAGCAAGAUCACCCCAGAGGCAAUUCUCGAAACGGCGCGGAAAAUUUUCGCACCAUAUACACUCGAUGUUGCCGAGACGCAAUGGUUUACUGCGUACCAGAUUGGACAGCGUGUUGCGGCUAAGUUCCAGAAGUUGGAGCGUGUGUUCAUCGCAGGUGAUGCGUGCCACACGCAUUCACCCAAGGCCGGGCAGGGCAUGAAUGUCUCCAUGAUGGACACUUAUAACCUAGCAUGGAAGAUUGGGCAUGUGCUCAAUGGACUAGCGAAGCCGGACAUCCUCUCGACUUAUGAACAGGAGCGCAGAAAAGUGGCUCAGGAUCUGAUUGAGUAUGAUUUUAAGUUGUCGCGGCUCUUUUCCGGAAAGCCGGGUGAGAUCUCGACGGACGCAUUCCGCGAGGUCAUCGACAAUGGUGCUGCGUUUGCAACAGGGUGUUCAGUCAACUACGAUGGUUCCAUCAUCAUCAACAAGCCCGAAGGCACCGACUCCACUAUCCCCUAUAAUAGCCCCCUUGCAAAGAACGUGCCCAUCGGUAUGCGCUUCGCCGACGCAAAAGUCGUCUCCCAAUGUGAUGGACGACCCUGGUACCUCAACGACCGUAUCCCAUCAGAUGGCCGCUGGAGAAUCAUCCUUUUCCCUAGCGAUUUCAAGACCAAUGUGUCGCUCAACAAUCAGUUGCUCGAUAUCGGCGCCUAUCUUGAAUCAAGCGAUAGCUUUAUCAAACGCUAUACCCCACCCACUGAAAAGAUCGAUUCCAUCAUCGAGGUCCUGCUUGUGCACGCCAGCAGCAUAGACGUCGUGGAGUGGGACGACUUCCCGCAUGCGUUCCGGCCGCGAUAUCAGGACAGGAGGAUGGAUUACUGGAAGAUCUAUGCGGAUAGCGAGUCAUUGCGUGAGAUCUCUGGACAAGCAUAUGAAAAGUACGGUAUCGAUCGGAAGGUAGGAGCACUUUUGGUGUUGCGACCUGAUGGGUAUGUGGCGAGUGUAACAGCGCCGAAUACGGAGGGGGUUUCGCAGGUUGCGGCAUUCUUCGAUCGUUUUCUUAUUCCGUUGUGAGGGCGUCGUAAAGGGUUAUGAGAUGUACCUACACAAUAAAUUAGAACUUAUGAACGCG